AUGCGGGAGACGGACGAGGCAGACCUCCUCAAGCCGAUGGACGAGGAGGAGAGGGAGCACCUGCAGAACAAGCUGAACGAGCAGAGACUCAAGCUGGAGGAAAACAAAAAGUACCUGGAGCAGUUGCGCAGCGAGAGCGAAAAUGGGCUCCUCACCACCGCAAAGGGGCGGCGCGGCCAGGGGGAUGACUACCCCGACCCUGACAGUAUGCUGCGAAGAUUCCUCGAGUCGUUGGAGAGGGAGGAACGGGAGGAGCGAAGCAUGGACGCCUUUCAGCAGGACACAUUUCAGCAGGUGGACGGAGGCGGCGGAGGCGACGAAGGAGCGGCCCCCGCGGAGAACAGCCAGAGCCACCACCUAGUCAGCAGCAGCCUCGCGCAGGAGAGCGUCUUCGCAAACGCAAAUGCCACUGCCAAUGUCAGUGCCAACCCCCUGGAGGAAUACGCCGAGCAGAGCAACUUCCUCUUCCUAAAAAAGGCCUCGGCAAAAAAUUUCAACUUCAAAAUUGGCAAAGCGCCGACCGAGGAGAAGGCCAUACACAUAGAGAGGAAGGUCGUCAGCCACUUUGACAAGUCCAUUCAGCCCCACGGGGGGGACCCCAAAUCGGGGAAGCUUUCCACCACCAAGAUGGGCAAGAAGGACGCCGUUUUGAAAAGGGGGGUAGCUCUGGGGGGGACCUCCCCUAAUGGCUCAGUAGCAGCGGAAGAGGGUGCCCCCCUACAAGGGAAAGACCCCAACGAAGUUGACCUCCUCCUACGCAGCAGAGGGUUUCUCUCCUUCCUGGAACGCAGCUCUAAAAUUGUGGAGCGGUCCCUGGGGGAGCAAGACGUCCUCAACGCCACCUUCGAUUUUGCAGCAAAGGAUAUAACGGCAGAUGAGGAGAGUGCCGAAAGGAUGAAGCUCGUGAAUACCUAUUUCUGUAGAAAGUACACUAAUGGAAGACCCAUAACAGAUGUGAGGACCUCCAACCUGUAUAGCGAGCUGUUCCUAGCUUCCUACGGGUUGUCCUCAACGAGUAACUACACCGAGCCAGAUGGUUACGUCUUGGUCUGGAACAGCACAAUGAAUGGACGCCCGGAAUAUGUAUUAACCUCCGAGGCAGCUGUAUGCACCUCCGUCUUUAACAAAUUCAAUCCGCACCUGAUCAUUGGAGGGACCUACACAGGGAACGUUGUCUUGUGGGAUAUUCGAGCUAGCCAAAAACCAGUACAGAAAACGUACCUGACUGGGCAAGGUCAUUUGCAUCCCAUAUUCUGUGCGGAAGUGAUUGGCACGCUGAAUGCUCACAACUUGGUGACGGCGGACACGGAUGGGAGGCUAUGCAACUGGUCAUUGAACAUGCUAACCUACCCAUCGGACACGAUCGAUUUGAAGCGAACCAACAAGGAAGUGUCCUGCUGCUGCUUCUCCUUCCAGGAGGGAGAGAUAAACACCCUCUACGGAGGCGCAGAUGAUGGCACCCUAUUCCAAGCGCAAAUACAUGGCACCAAAGUGGGCAUCACAGAGUUCUAUAACAUCCAUCACGGUCCGCUUACAGCUGCCCAGUUUCACCCCCUCAUUGAUGGGGUCCCGGAUGACCACAACGAUCUAAUGCUGACCUGCUCUGUUGACUGGUCCUGCAAGCUGCUAAGUGUGAAGGACCCCCAGAACCCACUCUACACCUUUGAUUGCUUCGACGACUACCUCAUGGAUGUGAAGUGGAACCCCGUGCACCCAGCCAUUUUCGCCACCUGCAGUAGCAAUGGGAACAUCAAAAUUUGGAACAUGUGUUUCGAGUUGGACUGCUCCUACUUUGACAUGACCGUUCAGGCGAAAUCGACAAAUAAAAUCGCCUGGUCGUGUGACGGGCGGAAGUUGCUGGCGGCCGACUCGGACGGGGCCCUCACUCUUUGGAGCGCCUGCAGCGAGGUGUACCAGCCGCGCUCCGAGGACCUCGCCAAGUACGCCGCCCGCGUUGAGAAGAUGCGCGAUGAGCGGUUAAGCGGUUAA